AUGGCAGUACCAUUAAUUACCACUUGUCGAUUAACGAUUACUCUAAAUAUCAGAGGAGAUAAUCCUGCGGAGGAUGAUAAGAAGACAUGUGGAUUUCAUUUAACAAGAUCAAAGUGGGAUCCUUAUCCAUGGGUGGGAUAUGUUGAACAUGGAAGUAUUGCUGACGUCGCUGGUUUAAAGGCAGGUGAUUGUCUUUUACAAAUAGAUCAAGUGGAUGUUGUUGGUCUUCGAAUUAAAGAUAUAGCUUUGUUAAUAAAAAAAGAAUGUUCCGGAUCAAUGAUAAAUCUCCAAAUUUGGCGCAACGAAGAGAGUAAUAAUAUUAGUAAUAAUAGUAGGAAAAAACAAUACGAUGGCAAUGAAUCAGGCACAGCACUUGCAGGUCCACUUCCAACAUUAAUGGGAAAAUUUUUGAAAGCUAUCUCUAAGAUAGUGGAUAUAUUGGAGUGUCCAGUAUGUCUAGAAACAGCAACGUCUCCAAUCUCUCAAUGUGUACAUGGGCAUAUAUUGUGUGGCCCAUGUCGAACAAAAACACUACGUUGUCCUGUGUGCCGGGUGAGACUUGGCCAAGGCAGAUGCCUCGCAGCUGAUGAAAUUCAGCAGAGUAUUGGCGAAGCCUUUGAUAAUGAUGAUAAUUAUGCUCGAGCAGUAGCAGUUAAUGAAGAAAAAAAUGAUCACACAAAUCGGUCAUUGAAAGAAAAAUUAUUUGGAAAAAUUUCUCGGAAAUCAUACGAGGAAACUCAGAGCUACGUAAAAAAAAACAAAGGGCCGUUUUUUAAACUGUUCAAAGUUGGAUUUGAUCGAGCGGUAUCAGCUGAUAAUUUAAUGAUUUCGAAUGAAGAGAAGAAAUGCAACGAAAGUGAUAGAGCACGAGUAAUAUUUAAGGGAGUUGGGGAAUCAGCCCGAGGAAGUAGAGCUAAAUCAGCUAGUACGAGUGAAUUGUGUAACAAUAGAGAACGAGGCAUGAUGAAUGAUGAUGGAGAGACCGGGAAAUUAAGUGUACCUUUAACUCCCUCGUGGGGUGGAUCAAUGGAGUCCCUAUCGAACAAUAAUACCUUCUUAUGCCCAUUAUCAAUGCAGAGUGACUGUAGAGAACCUUUAACUCAUGAUCGAGUUGCCCAGCAUCUUGGAUAUGUCCAUAAUUACAGAAAUCAAAUGCAUUUUUAUGGAAAUAAUGCAACUAUACCGAUAUCUUCAUCAUCCCGAUCGUAUACAAUCCAUGUCUUUCAUUAUGUAGAACAACUUUUUAUUUUUCAGUACGAAAAUGGAGUAGCUUGCGUGAUUGGUACCGGGACUAAUCCGAUGAAAUGGAUUUUGCAUGCUUGGAGUUUCAAUAAAAAAAAAAUUGAACUCGAGCGACAAGUGUUGAGAAUAAAUGAUGCUGCUCAUGAAAAUCUUUCAUCUCAUCAAGGACAUCUUCCCGAUGUUGAUUCUAUUGACAUUAUUCGCAUUGAAAUAAUUCCGGUAGAAUGUGGAGAAUUGUUAUGA